AUGGAUUUCUUUGAUGGGAAGAGUUUCCAAUACCCUCCAUUGUCUAUCAUUUUAGCAGGUAAUAAUGAAUUCAUUUUUUCAAAAGUUAAAGACAUGGCCAUCUUUAACAAUGGCCUAGCAUAUACUAUUGUGAUUGUAGUUUUGAUUUCUCCAGAAAUUACAACACAAGUUGUCUCCCCUCCUCCUGAUUCUCCACCAGGUAAUGUGUCAGAACCAAUUAGACCUAAAGACAACACUGUAAGAGUGGACCCAUAUGAUAACUUCAAAAAAUAUAGAGGAGGCUUUAACAUCACCAACAAGCAUUAUUGGAGUUCAGUUGUUUUCACAGGAGUAUAUGGAUAUGCAAUUGGAGUGCUAUGGCUUUUGUGUGGAAUUCUAUGUGGACUUUUCUUCCUAAUAAUAAAUUGUUGCUGCCAAAGUUUUGGUGGAAACAAGGGUUGUGAUCUUUUACCAAUUCCUCUAGCCAUAUUGCUCCUCAUAAUAGCUAUGGCUGCAAGUGGGUUAGUUCUUGCUGGAAGUGCAAAAUUCCGUUGUCAUGCAAGUAGUUCAGUUAAUGUUGUAAUCAAUACAGCAGAUAAGGCAUCAGGUAUUAUAUUCAAUAUAACAGGAGCAUUGAAAGGCAUCCCAACUGAAUUGGUGGAUGCUGAUAUUGCUUCAAAGCUUAACACCACAUCUCAGAGAUUUGACACUGCUGCUCAAAAUAUCACACAAGAAGCUGCCAAGAAUAGGCACAUCAUCAUCAUGGCUUUAAAAGCAUUAUUUUCUGAUGAUACAUGCAAUGCUCUAUACAAUUUUCAAGAAAAUCCCUACAACAACAGCUUAAGUUCCAUGAUACCCUGUGAUGAAUUGCUCUCAGCAAAACCAAUUGUAUCUGAGUUUAGUUCAGGAAUCUACAACCUUGUCAAUGAGGUGAAUGGAGGCCUAUCAAAAUAUCAGGGAGCACUCUUACCAAAUCUACCAAAUAUAUGCAAUCCUUUUUCAGCACCACCUGAUUUUUUAUAUCAGCCAUGGAACUGCUCACCUAAUUCUACUAAAAUAGGAGAUAUCCCUGAGGUAUUGAGGCCUUAUACUUGUUUUGGUGAUGAAGAUGCAAUCUGUGGCAAAGAAAAGUUCAUACCAGGAAGUGAAUAUGAGGUGAUUAAGGAAUACACAAGUUCAGUUCAGAAUCUAUUGGAUGUGUAUCCUAGCAUUGAAAGCUUGUUAGGAUGCCAAUUAGUGAAAGAUGCAUUCUCUCAAGUGCUUCAAAAACACUGCAAACCUUUGAAGAGAUUUAGUAAAGUGACUUGGGCAGCAAUGGUGUCUCUUGCAGCAACCAUGGUGCUUUUGGUUGUGUUAUGGACUAUGAAAGCUAAUUAUCAUGAGCAUAGUCAUCAACCUUAG